AUGCUCGGAGCUAAAUAUGAUUUUAGUCGAGAUCGUGAACGACGAGCUGGUGUUGAUGAUAUGGUUUUCAUGUCAAAAAAUACUGACUCUGAUAUAAGCCAUAAUCUCAAAAUUCGUUUUGAUGUUAAUUAUAUUUAUACAUAUAUUGGUUCUGUUCUAAUUGCUGUAAAUCCAUAUAAAGAUGUUGAAUAUUGUCGUGAUAAUCAUAUGGAAAAAUAUCGAGGAGCUACUCAAAUGGAUAAUGCUCCACAUAUAUUUGCUAUAGCUGAAGAUAUGUUUAGUAAUAUGUUAAUUGAUUCUGAAAAACAAUGUGUUAUUAUAAGUGGUGAAUCAGGUGCUGGUAAAACAGUUAGUGCAAAAUUUAUUAUGUCUUAUAUUGCUGAGGUAUCAGGUGGUGGUCCAAAUGUACAACGUAUUAAGAGUGUUAUUUUACAGUCCAAUCCAUUAUUAGAAGCUUUUGGUAAUGCAAAAACAAUUCGUAAUGAUAAUUCAAGUCGAUUUGGUAAAUAUGUUGAAAUAAUAUUUUCACGUGGUGGAGAACCGAUAGGUGGUGCAAUUUCAAAUUUUCUUCUCGAAAAAUCACGUGUAGUUAGUCAAGCUGAGAAUGAACGUAAUUUUCAUAUUUUUUAUCAAUUAUUAUCAAGCAGAGAAUUUUGUCAACAAUAUUCAUUAUCACAUGAACUUCGUUUUCAAUAUAUUAAUCAUGCUGAAUCGAGUAGAGUUGCCAAAAUUGAUGAUACAAAAGAAAUGCAACAUACACUCCAUGCAAUGGAUGUUAUGGGUUUUUCAUCAGAAUCAAAACAAAGUAUAUUUAGUUUACUCGCUGAUCUACAAGCUCCUUGUGCUUAUUUUGGUAUUCAAAUAGAUUAUUUAAAAACGAAAUUAAUUUCAAAACGACUCGAAUUUAAAGAACAUCAAAAAAAUGAACUAAUCGAUCAAACAUUUACUGUUGAUAAAGCUAUAUUUACACGUGAUGCAUUAGCUAAAUCAAUUUAUUCUCGUAUUUUUGAUUAUCUUAUUCAAGCAGUUAAUUCAGCAUUUCAAACAACAGCUAAAUCCGAUUUAUCUAUGGGUAUUCUUGAUAUAUAUGGUUUUGAAAUAUUUGAACGAAAUAGUUUUGAACAAUUUUGUAUAAAUUAUGUUAAUGAAAAACUUCAACAAAUAUUUAUUGAAUUAACAUUAAAAAAAGAACAAGAAGAAUAUAAACGUGAAAAUAUUCAAUGGACACCAAUAUCAUUUUUUAAUAAUAUUGUUGUUUGUGAUCUAUUUGAAGCUAAACAACCACCAGGAAUGUUUUUAUUACUUGAUGAUAUAUGUCUUAGUUCACAUGCAACAACAGAAAAAGUUGAUAAAAGUUAUUUACAUAAAUUAAGUAGUUUAUCAAAUCAAUAUUUAAUUGUUUCACCACCAACAUUUACUGUUAGACAUUAUGCUGGUGCUGUUAUUUAUCAUUCAGAUCAAUUUUGUGAAAAAAAUAGAGAUAUUUUAAAUAUUGAUUUAAUUGAAAUGAUGCAAUCAAGUACAAUACCAUUUGUUGUACGACUUUUUCCUGAACAAACAGCAAACAUUAAAUCUCGACCUACAACAGCUGGUACUAAAAUUCGUACACAAGCAAAUUUACUUGUAGAAAAAUUAAUGGGUUGUCAACCACAUUAUGUUCGAUGUAUAAAACCAAAUGAGAAUCAAGCACCUAGUGAAUGGAAUUCAUCAAGUGUUAUUGAACAAGUUAAAUAUUUAGGACUUGUAGCUAAUAUUGAAGUUCGAAAAGCUGGUUUUGUUUAUCGACGUGAAUUUGCAAAAUUUUUAAGCCGAUAUGCUAUAUUAACAAAACAAACAUGGCCAAAAUGGAAUGGAAAAGUAACAGAUGGUGUUAUGCAUAUUGUUGAUACAAUGCAUCUUGAUCGACGUGAAGUACAAUUAGGCAAUACAAAAGUAUUUAUUAAAUCACCAGAAAGUUUACAUAUACUUGAAGAUAUGCGUCUACGAAAAUUUGAUAAUUAUGCACGUAUCAUACAAAGAGCAAUGAAACGUUUUUGUGCUGUACGUGUCUAUCAAAAACAACGUGAACAAGGUAAUAAUCUUAAAGUUGUUGUUGUUGUUUUUGGAGGAGAUUAUUACUUUUGUUUAUAUAUAGCUACUGACAUUUUAUAUGGACAUAAAGAACGUAAUGCACGUUCACUUGAUCGUGAUUAUGUUGGAGAUUAUUGUAAUCUUCAUCAACGACCUGAUUUACAACGAUUAAUACCACGUAGUGAAAAAACAGAUUUUAGUUCAUAUUUAUAUAAAUAUGAUCGACGUUUUCGUCGACAAGGACGAUAUUUUAUUAGUACAAAUCAUGCAUUGUAUAUUAUUGAUGAAGAAUGUGUUAAAAUUGGUAGUAGUGGAAAAUCAAAUAAUUCUACUGUUCAAAAAAAUAAACAACAAGAAGGUUAUACAAUAGAAUAUAAAAUAAAACGACGUAUAUCAUUAGAAAAUAUUACUGAAAUUAAAUUGAGUGAAUAUCGUGAUAAUUAUUUUUUAAUUUGUGUCAAUAAUGAUUAUUCAACAUUAUUAGAAUUAUCAAGUAAAACUGAAGCUAUUUCAAUUAUUUUAAAAAAUUAUUUAAAGAAAACUAAUCGAGUAUUACCAAUUACAUUUGGACAAGGAUUUGAUUAUGCAGUUAAAAAACAAAGUUGGAUAGGUGGUGGUACACGUAGUGUUAAAUUUGCUCAUGCAGCUACAGCUGCAUUAAUGAAUCAAAUCGAUCCAAAUAAAUUACGUAAAGGUGUUGAUAUGCCACGUGAUUAUGAUGUAAAAAUUAAUCGUAAUACAAUGACUGUGAUGAUUUCAAGUGGUUUAUCAAAACAAUCGAGACCAAAUCAAACAAAUGCUGAAAAACCACGUGGAUUACAAUUUAAAUCAACGACUAGUAAUACUUCUCGAAAACCUCCAGUUAAACCUCCACGACCGGCAGCUGCAAAACCAAUGAAACAAAAGAAACUUCGAGCAUUAUAUGAUUUUCAAGCACGAUCAGCAGAUGAACUUUCAUUUUUUGCUGAUAAUGAACUCAUACUUAUUGAAAAUAGUGAUGAAACUUGGUGGAAAGCAGAACUCGAUGGAAAAAUUGGAGUUGUACCGUCAAAUUAUGUUGAACUGAUUCGAACACCAAUUGUAAUCAUCAAGCCUAUUCUUUAUGGUAAUACAGCGAAACAUUUUGGUUCAAAACGAGAUUCUGAUGGACAUACACAUAAAUGGACAUUGUAUGUUCGAUCAUUUAAUAAUGAUGAUUUAUCAACAUAUGUAAGUAAAGUACAAUUUCGUUUACAUGAAACAUAUCCGAAUCAUACAAGAAUGAUUACACAAGCACCAUUUGAAGUAGAAGAAAGUGGUUGGGGUGAAUUUGAAACACAGAUAACAAUUUUUUUUGCUGAUCCUAAUGAAAAACCAGUAGUAUUUUAUCAUCAUUUAAAAUUAUUUUCAACAGAUCCAGAUGUUGUUGCUGGUACAAAAGCAUUAGUUAAUGAACAUUAUGAUGAAUUGAUUUUUCAAGAACCAUCUGAUUUAUUAGCUCGUUUGCUCAAUUGUGCUAAAUCACUUGCACCACCAACAGAUGAAAAUUUAGCAACAGAAAAAGAAUAUGCUGCAAAAAAAUUUGAUACAAUAACACGUAUAAAAAAUGCUCGACAACGAGUACGAAAUGAAAUACAAGAUCUAACUGAACGUCUUCGUAUUACUCAAGAAAAUAUAAAACGUGUUCGACAAAAAUCAAUAGAUAAUAAUUCUUCUAUGGGUACAUUUAAUAUAUCAACACAUGAUAAUAUUAAACGUGAAAUAGUCGAUUAA